AUGGGCAAGGGAGGUCGCAUCGCGUGCAUCGCGGUGCCAUAUCUAUGGACGAUAGGUGCUUUGAUUGCCAUCAUCUUCGUGGGUAUCGGGUCCACGGACUCUGAUUCAGCUACACUAAACAAGCUGUAUUUUAUGAGGGCCGAUCUUUCCAAUGUCACGGCCGUUGAAGCGACUAGGUUCGGCGACCAGCUGCUGAACCUCACCUCGACCGCUAUGCGAAAUGCCACCGAGGAGCUCGCCGCGGCUAUGGAAGAGGCAGAGAAGGACGGCGAACUACGCGAUUUCUACAACAUUGGUCUCUUUGGUUAUUGUGCCGGAGACAAGGAACACGACGAAUUUGAGGUCGACUUCUGCAGCAAGCCCAAGGGAAGCUUCUGGUUCAACCCGCUAGAGGUCUGGCACCUGAACAUCGCCGGCGUGCCUGAUUUGCUCCCGACACACCUCCAGUCUGAGCUCAAGACUUACCAAAAGGUGUCUCACUGGAUGUUUGUUUCAUACGUCCUUGCCUUUGCCACCACCUGUCUUCAGCUGCUGGUUGGCUUUUCGGCCAUUUUCAGCCGCAUUGGAAGCUUGGCUACAACCGUCGUGGCUGUGGUUGCAACCAUCUUCAUGUUCGCCGCAAGCAUUACCUCAACCGCCCUGUUCGUAGUCCUGACCGGUGUCUUCAACUCCUCCCUCAAAGAAUACGGCGUCAAGGCCAACUUGGGCGGCAACCUCUUUGCCGCAUCAUGGCUCGCCGCGGUGUUGUCCCUAGCAAGCUCAGUUCUAUGGCUCUUCAGCUCUUGUUGCUGCUCGGGCCGCUCUGAAACUCGCCGCUCUACUCCGCAACACAGCUACGAAAAGGUCGAUUUGGGAGCUGGAGCUGGCUCUCACACGGGCCAUACCACAGCGCCAGCACCAACCUUCGACAACACAAAUACGGCAUACGAACCAUACCGCCACAAAUAA